GUGUUCUGUCGUCUCUCUUCGCGAAAUGUAUUUCGCAUCGGUGGCGUAGGGCGCAUCGUGACUCGGCUCGCUCUGCGCUCAUUUUUACAGUCGCGUGCGUGCAUGCAUGGUAGUAUCUAUGAAAAAAAAGUUGAUUUAAAACCCGCCAUUCUCUUCGACGCUCUACAAUCUUCAUUACGAAAAUCGAAUGAUAAUCCAACCCCAAGUUUUCCCACACGUCGAGAAUUGAGUGCUUUUCGGGCUUUACCCUGUGCUGUGUGCGAAACCCUGUGAACAAUGGGAGAAAUUCAGAGUGUAAUCCCUAAGGCCGGCUCUUUCGGCCGGUUCGAUGACGCGAGUCGCACCUUCUCCCCUUCGAAAAAAGAGUGAAAAAAAAACAUUUUGUGUCAACAAUCCAGUUGGGAGAACCGCAACCCAAAAAUAAUUGUUCAAUCCAGUGCAGUGUUUAGUGCUAUUAAUGACAAUUGACAAUUGAAGUAUUUUUUUGUGGAAUUAUUAACUAAGGAACUAGUUUUUAAAAAGUGCAAAAAAUAAUAAUAAUAAUAAUUAAGAGGCAAAAUGUCGGCGGAAAAUCAAAAUCAAAAUGGAGUUGCUCCGCAGAGCAAUGGAAUCAAAAAUCCACUGUCGAGUAUUUCGACAACUGCGACAAUGCCGGCGAUUUCAGCAACAGCUGGACGAACGAGUUCGAAUAAUUCGUCCUUUUUGUACAGUAGUAAUUCUAUGCUAAAUCGAGACAAAAUGAGACAAGGACCUCCGCCCACACUUCCAAAAUAUACGUCGAGUUUUAAUGCUGGAUCGAAUGGAACAGCAACGGAUAGAUUGACCAGAGACAGGGAUGUCGGUGGAAGUUACAGAUUGGCCAGUUUGGAUAGAUUGGCUUUGAGGCAGAGGGUGCUGCAAGAUGGAGAAAAGCCUAAUGGUGAUGCGAAUUCGAUACAGACGAAGAGGGAGUUGUUUUUUAAGGGAGAAACGACACCCCCCUCAGUGCCGUCAGUUCCCCCACCUCAGCCCCCGUCAGCGCCAACGGUUACCCCGACGGCGACAUUGACGUCGUCGGCGCCGCCUCCUGGUGCACCGGCAAAAUCGAGAUUGCCCCCGACGACGCCGACCCUAAACCAAACGGACGGUUCCGAAGACAGCAACAAAAGGGAGAACUCGAGGAGUGAGAGCAACAAGGAAUCAAAUUUGAGUCUUCAUACUCGACCCACGCCGCCCACGAAACCCAAAGAACUCGAUGGAUAUGUUGGGUUCGCGAAUCUUCCUAAUCAAGUCUACAGAAAGGCUGUCAAGAAGGGUUUCGAUUUCACGCUCAUGGUCGUUGGUGAAUCCGGACUGGGAAAGUCGACACUCAUAAAUUCCAUGUUCCUUUCUGACAUCUACAGUGCAGAAUAUCCUGGACCCAGUCUCAGGGUGAAAAAGACAGUCGCCGUGGAGACGAGUAAAGUUCUUCUGAAGGAGAAUGGCGUCAAUUUGACUUUGACGGUCGUGGACACACCCGGAUUUGGCGACGCCGUUGACAAUAGUAAUUGUUGGGUACCGGUGAUUGAAUAUAUUGAGUCGAAGUACGAGGAGUUCCUGAAUGCCGAGUCGAGAGUGGUGAGAAGGCAAAUUGCAGACAGCCGCGUCCAUUGCUGUCUCUAUUUUGUCGCACCCUCUGGUCAUGGUUUGAAGCCCCUCGAUGUCGAAUUUAUGCAACGCCUACAUGACAAAGUCAACAUCAUCCCCGUCAUUGCCAAAGCCGACACAAUGACCCCGGACGAAUGCGCCAUGUUCAAAAAACAGAUUCUGAACGAAAUAGCGCAGCACAAAAUAAAAAUUUACGAAUUCCCCGAAACCGAAGACGAGGAGGACAGUAAAUUGCACAAAGUUUUGAGGGAUAGAGUACCUUUCGCAGUUGUUGGUGCGAACACAGUCGUGGAACAAGAUGGAAAGAAGAUUCGAGGAAGAAAAUAUCCCUGGGGAGUUGCCGAAGUUGAAAACCUGGAGCAUUGCGAUUUUAUUGCCCUGAGAAAUAUGGUAAUAAGGACGCAUCUGCAGGAUUUGAAGGACGUGACGAAUAACGUCCACUACGAGAAUUUCCGGUGUCGCACGUUAGCAGGUCUCGGCGUCGACGGCAAACCAACAAAAGUUUCCAACAAGAAUCCGCUUGCGCAAUUGGAAGAGGAAAAGCGAGAGCACGAUAAUAAAAUGAAGAAAAUGGAAAUUGAGAUGGAGCAAGUCUUCGAAAUGAAAGUUCGUGAAAAGCGGCAGAAACUCAAGGAUUCCGAAGUGGAUCUGCAACGAAGGCACGAACAAAUGCGACGUUCGUUUGAACAGCAGGUUCGAGAAUUGGAAGAAAAGCGACGAGCAUUCGAAUCUGAAAGACAGUCCUGGGAACAGCAAACAGGCCACAGUAUUGAAGAAUUACGCAGACGAAGUUUAGAAGCCAAUUCAAAAGAGACCGGAUCCAUGUCGUCCGAGGGAUCUGGAGGUGGCGGGGGUACUUUGCGGGGUUCCCGAGGGCUAGUAGGAAGUCUUCUCCGUCGUCACACCAGUUUCAAAUCACCUCAAGAGAGCCCCACACAUACACUACAGCAUUCUCGUACAGACUCGUAGAAGAUCACAAAAUCCUGCAGGGUUCUUCGUUAAUCAUAUUCCCUCCAAUUCAAAAUUAAAAAGCUUAAAAUAAACGGAAGCCGUGAAAAAGUAUUUUAAAAAAUAGAUAAAGACAGAAUAGAUCCGGGCAGAUUUUGAAUAAUUCUUUCGUGCGGAGAACCCUGUCAGAAUUAUUUAGAUUCUAGUGACUUAUACAUUAAAUCCGAACCAGUUGGACUAGCAAAAGUAAUAAUAUUUUUGGCACAAGUAGUCUUUUGAAAACUGAAAACGAUUCUUUCAGCCAAAGAAGUUUUUUUAAAAAGGCAAUUACGAAAUUUAGAAUUUGAAUUUCGCGCCACAUUUAUAUGCAAUAGUGAGGUUAUGUUUGAGCGUGGCUUAAUAUUUUGGCGCGAAAUUUAAAUUUGCCGUUUGGACAAUUCGGCACUUUGGACAAUUUGCGAAUAAUGUACGGACAGUUAACGCUUGCGAGAAUAACAUAUUUGAAGCAACACUAAAUUUUGUUAUUUUUUUUUCUAAUAUAGAAAUAACGACACUCAUUGUAACCUCUGAGCAAGCUGUCGUACUUUGAGUUUUUAUGGCGAUGAAAAUUUUUGAAAUUUUCGAAGUUAGUAGAAGAGUAAUUUAUGUAAUUUGGAAGACAGCUUGGCAGAGGAAAUCUCACUAUAGGCAGCUAAUUAAUCAUAAUUAUAUAUAUAUAUUGUUGAUUUCAUCAUUAAAAGUUUUUGCGCAAAUAAA